AGACGGGAAAAGGAGAGGGAGGCGGAAUGCAACAGGCUAAGCUCUGUCGUCGCUCCGAGACAGACUUCUGACUGACAAACACAAGUACUACACUCCUUCUCAACUCACUUCUUCACCAACUUAUCCCGACUCACCACCGUUGUUUGUGCAGUUCACGUUCUGCGUUCGAGUCUGGACUUGUACAGGACAUAUUUUCUGGGCCCAGGUCUCUGUCCGCCAUCAGCAUCCCUCUUACCUCUCUGUGUCCACCCAGGAGAGCAGCCAGAAGCUGCGUGGCGCUGGAUGGCAGUACCCUAUUUCAGGAUCACUGUAGUCCCCUGACAAAGAAGGAAGAGGAAACAAAAAGAAAUUCAGAGAGCAGUCACCUGAAUAACCAGCUGGACUUUUCAAAAUGGCAACAAACAGAGAGCACCAUGUGCGCCACAUGGCGGGCUUCCCGCGUGCUAUGUACCCCUUCACCUUUAACUCCAUGAGGAGCCACUCCCCCUUUGACCUGCUGGCCAGUAGCCACCUUUUCGGCCGGUUUGGAGCAGACCUUCCCAAAGAGAUGGCUGCAUUGUCGGUGGAGACCCAGAGCACCAGUUCAGAGGAGAUGGUGCCCAGCUCUCCCUCCCCUCCUCCUCCUCCUCGGGUCUACAAGCCCUGCUUUGUGUGCCAGGACAAGUCAUCUGGUUAUCACUAUGGAGUGAGCUCCUGUGAAGGCUGCAAGGGUUUUUUCCGACGCAGUAUCCAGAAGAACAUGGUGUAUACUUGCCAUCGAGACAAGAACUGUCAGAUCAACAAAGUGACCCGUAACCGCUGCCAGUACUGCCGGCUGCAGAAGUGCUUUGAGGUUGGGAUGUCCAAAGAAGCAGUGCGUAAUGACAGGAACAAGAAGAAGAAGGAUGUGAAGGAGGAAGUGGUGCUGCCAGAAAACUAUGAGCUUAGUGGGGAACUGGAGGAGCUGGUAAACAAAGUCAGCAAAGCUCACCAAGAGACCUUCCCAUCUCUGUGCCAACUAGGAAAAUACACAACUAAUUCAAGUGCUGACCACAGAGUGCAGCUGGACUUGGGCCUGUGGGAUAAGUUCAGUGAGCUCUCCACUAAGUGCAUUAUAAAGAUUGUGGAAUUUGCCAAGCGGCUACCAGGCUUUACUACGCUCACCAUCGCUGACCAGAUCACCCUCCUCAAAUCUGCAUGUCUGGACAUCCUGAUGCUGAGGAUAUGUACCCGCUACACCCCAGAACAGGACACGAUGACCUUCUCAGAUGGCCUGACUCUCAACAGGACCCAGAUGCACAAUGCUGGCUUUGGCCCUCUCACAGAUCUAGUUUUUGCCUUUGCUGGUCAGCUUCUGCCUCUGGAAAUGGAUGACACAGAGACAGGACUCCUCAGCGCUAUAUGCCUCAUCUGUGGAGACCGUAUGGAUUUGGAAGAGCCAGAGAAGGUAGACAAGCUGCAAGAGCCCCUUCUAGAGGCUCUGAAGAUCUACACCCGACGCAGACGCCCAAACAAGCCUCACAUGUUUCCUCGCAUGCUAAUGAAAGUCACAGACCUCAGAGGGAUCAGCACCAAAGGUGCAGAAAGAGCCAUUACAUUGAAGAUGGAGAUCCCGGGCCCCAUGCCUCCACUGAUAAGAGAAAUGCUGGAAAACCCAGAUGUCUUUGAGGACAGCAGUGACUCCUGCGACAGUGCUGGUGCCGCUCCGCCUGCCAUUCAAGCCAUCAAACAAGAGGAAAAGCCCACAUAUGAGUCAGCCUUUGAGGAGGAAGAGGAGGAGGAUGAGGAUGACUACUGGGAGGAGGAGAGAGAACGGGGGGCGGACAGUGAAGGAGAGCCAUGGGGGGAAGCAGCAGCGACCACGCAAAAGAAAGCCGUGGCGGGGAAAGUGUGAGAAGACAGACUGCUGAGCCUCACUGAGCAGUUUCACCUCCCAGAACCCUCCCAGAUUUAGGCUCCUACACACCUUCAAAUAUGCUUCUUAUUACCUGUACAUAAUGACUUUGAGAAAAAUGUGUUAAAUUCAGUAUAGGAAAUAAGAAAUUGAAGAAGAUAAAGCACUACAUUUCAGUGGAUUCAUGAGGGCACCAUUAAAAGUCACUGUGCCUGUGACUCUUCAAAAGAUAUUGUAUAAGUGUUUUGUCCACACAGAGAGUAAAAAAAUAGUUGGGCAGGAAAAAAUGCACUCCUCCAUUUUCUUUAAAGGGCUACCCUUUGUAUAAAAUUGAUGUUAAAAGUACAUUGCAACAACUGAAUUCUACAUGGUGUCCACAAGUAUUCUUUGAGACUUACUUUUAUUACUUUUCAGAGAUAUGCAACCUAUUUUUUCAUUGUAUGUUUUUUCUAAGCAUGUACACACCUCUGUCUUUAUGCCUGUCUGAGGGACUUUGUGCUUUUGUAUGUUUUUCAUCAAGUCUUGCUCACCUUUGACUGGACAUUUGGUGAUUUUUUUUCUUUUUACUUUAACCUUGUGUAUUUCUGCUUUAUUGGACAACAAGAGAAAAGCAAUAACAGGAAAAGACAUGGAGUCAUGAGCAGGACUCAAACUCGCCGCAUGGAAAUCACAUGAUAUGAGUUUCUGUUACAUGAGACGGUCUGAUGGCUACAGCCUAACAGAGGAUAAUCGGAAGAGAUCUUUAGCUGGUUUUGUAACUCCUGUGCCAAAUUAAAAAAUCAAACAAACAAAAAAAAAAACAGCAACAUAUCUCUACCUCUCAUCCACAAUUCCCAAAAUACUUUAGAGUCUGCAGGGUAGAUUUAUUGCAAUCAGAGCCAAGCUUCACCUGUCUGCACAGGAUCUUCUGCCAAUAUAAACAUCCCUCAUCAGAAGUUCCUCUUACAACACACAGUAGGGAUGAUUAACAAUCAAAUCCUGCAUACAUAUCAUAAUAUACCAGAUAAAGAUAUCCAAAAAAUCUGAACUUUACAGUUUACUUCACAAAAAUCUCAGGUGUGUGUGUGCAUGGAUGUGAAUAGUGCUUACAGAGAAGUUCAGUCAGCAGAAUUCAGACAGUAGUUUCUUUCUUAAAAAGAUAAGUAACAAAAGAAAACCAAAACACUGUAACAGCAUCUUUGUUAGACAUUACAACACAUCUAUAGAGCUUAAAGCUUUAUAACCAUAAAGGACAACUUAUGACCAGGUUAUUCAACAUGCCUCACACUCCUCAUUAAUCAUGUCCAAAACUUAAUCUUUUGUCAUUAGUUUUCAUGUGGGAUGCUAGACAUAUACAAACAAUUCAAUAUGUCUUAUAAAUUUAUUAUGAUUUCGUGUGAAUGUGCUUAUAACACAUUACAGACACACUGUAGAAAGUGUUACAAAAGACUUUCAAGCAGAAGAAAAGCCCCACAUAGAGCCCCACAGCUGUCCGCCAUUAACAACAAUAAAAACAAAUGCUUUGCUUUGUAUGACGUGUCUGCUGAAAAACAGGAUGAUAGUUUCCAGUUAUGUCUGCUUAUGUGUGCUGUUUUAAAAAAACAUGGAUUUUGUUCAAUAUUAUCUCUUUUUUUGUAGCGUAUAUCAUUUUCAUGGAGAAAUAAAGAGAUAUGACAUUUACAAUGAGUUUGAAAAAUAAAGCUUUUGCAUGAAAUGUGAGAAAAACAUGCAUUAAGUAAAAUUAGGUCAUCAAUAUCCAUGAUUGUUUUAAAGUUUUAAAGCAAUUAUCACAUUAAAAAGUCAGGUCUUUAGGACCAGAUUUAAAGCCAUAUAGGAAACAGAAGCACAAUUGAGGCUACAAUUAAGUGUUUUAGACUCUCAGUUUGUGAUUCUUUUUUCUAGUAAAAGAUUAAAUCAUAACCAUUUUCUUCUUUUGUCAAACACAAUAUUCUAUUUCAGUACUGCCAGCCAAUUCUAAAUUGGUUGUUAAACACCUGAAGAUGCGUCUUCAUGGAAUAAAGAUAUUUUUUAAUUUACUGCUUUAUCCUUAUAUCUAUUUCUUGAACCUAUUUCUUUAUCUGAAUUUCAGCUGGUGCAAUAAAUAAGCCAUGGAAGAGAUCACCAAGGCCUCAGCGCUACAUUCAUUUAUUCAUAUAUAUGUUAUAAAAAAAACAAAACAAAAAAAAAAAACCAAAGACAAAACGUAACAUUGGGGCUCCUUUAUUAGGACUCUUGAUGUAGUUUACAUUCACUUUGUAAUUAGUGAUGACAAGAGACUUUUGUGAUAAUGAAGCUGGAUGCAGCUUUUCUCUGUUAUAUUUUGCUGUUUUCUUACAUAAGCAUGUUUUAUAUUAAGUGCAAACUUCAUGUUCAGGGAUUCAGACUCCUCGUAUGUUUUCAUAUUUCACUUUGACUAGUACCCCAACAGCUCAGAUGGCUCUGACACACAAGCUAUGUGAUGAAAUACAAAAACUGGUUUGACAUUUUUUUCUUUUUACAUUUUUAUGACAAGCUAAUACUAUGUUUGCUUUUAUUUUGUUGUUGUUUUUAUGUACUAUCUGCUUAUAUGGUAUGUGUUGUUUCUUGUUUUUUGAUAAAGGCGCUUUAUGUUCUCAGA